GGCAAAUAUAAAAAUGUAAAAGUUACUCCAUUUUUAUUAAAAUUCAGGUAUAUAUAUUAUUAUGUUUAAUACUGCUAAAUGUUAUUUAAUAUUUAAAUUAAAUAGUUUUGAGUUUCUUAUUUUUAUUCGUAUUCAUAAUUUUCCAAAAUAUUUAUAUUACUAUAUACCUAAUUGCAUAUCAAAACGAAUGCAGAAAUGUGUAACAGCGAGCUGUUACGAACAAGAACACAAAGCGUGCUACCCGACCUUGAGCGGAACGGUCCCUUCGUCUUUCUUCGUCAUCCCCUCGUCCACAAUAAACAGGUUUUGGGCGAAAAAGAGUCCGUCAACAUGAUUUUCGGUUCUCUUUCACUUUCAUCACCAAUCCAAUAAAUCAUUUUACUCAAUGCAACCAAUUGUUAUUAGGUAGCAAAGUACCGAAAACGAACAAUUUUGAUUUGCACUAUUACUUUCAUCGUAAUAACAUAACGGUACUUUCCAUAGCAAACGUACCGAAAACGAACAAUUUUGAUUUCACUAUAGUUACUUUCAUCGUAAUAACAUAUGUAAAUGUACUUUUCACAGCUAAGCUAUCAACAGACCACGUGUACUCCUAUCAAAAAACUAAAACUAAUAAAUAACUUUCAUUCUUUAUUCGGUUGGGGCUUGAUUUACACAUAAGUACAUUAUACAGGUAUUCGUGAUCAUUGAGAUUCAGUCGUGGCGCCCAAAAACGAUGUCAAUAAGCAAACUACUGAACCGCCACCGUCUGUUGUUUGUACAUUUUUGCUAUUUCCUUUCACAUUCUAUUUGUUUGUUUGGCUGACGAUGCAAAUGCACUUGUGUUCGUGAGUCGUUAAAAUACGUACAACUGCGACGAAGUGGUGAGGUGACUCAGGCAAAGCCAGUGUACGCGUAGUCAAAACAAAAAGUAGCAAUCACCUACUUACAUAUGCAGAGCAUUAUAAAUGUACGUACAUGGGGAUGUGUGCAGAUUCACACACAUAUUUAUGCGAACGCACAUUAAUAUCUACAUUCACCCAUAUGUAUGAAUGUACAUUUAUUUUUGUGAAAACAACCGCAAACGAACGGCAGCGUACGUCGGUGACGAAAGCAAUGGAAGCGCAUUUUUUGCGUUAAUGCUGACGUCCAAUUCGACUUCGGUGUCAGCGCCAGCGUUUGUUUAUACAAUAUUGAGCGACUCUUGGUUGGUGUCGUUGGGUUUAUUGUUAUUGUUCCUGAGUAAACAACAUGCAACAAUAACAAUUUCACAAUACUAGCUCAUUACUACGGACGAAAUGCAUACCCAUUUAUUCAUAGAUACUAUAAUAUAUGCGUUCAUACAUACAUACCUGCACCCAUACAUACAUCUUUGUACAUUAUAUUGACGUGGUUUUAUUUGUUUUUAUAUACAUAUAAGAAUGGCUCUAGUUAAGACUUCACCUCCCAACACUCACGGUUCUCCCAACAUAAUUCAUAUGCUACGUUAUUGUUAUUGAUGGUUUAUUAUUGUUUUUUCCAGUUUUUUUAAUUAUUACAGCAAAACAAAAAUAUCCACAUCUACUCAUCCGUAUUCUCCCUAUGCUCUUCGCUCUUCUUUUUUAAAGUAAUCAGUCAACGACCACCGCGUUCGUUGGUUCGUUUCGCAGUUGCCCGCGUCGGUCGCUGCUCUCUCGAACAAAUAAAAUAUUCUUACGGUGUUGUUUUGUUAUGUUUAUGUUUUAUUGUUGCUUCUUUUAACAUUCCCCAACACACACACACGUAUUCAAACAAACAUACGUUUAUUUUCAUUCAUUUGCUGUAAACAACACUUCGUCAUCCCUCACUCGGUCUUCAUCGAAACAAUACUCUGCUCUGAUAAACAGCGACGUCAGCAGUUAACUCCAGAUACAAAACCAUUCAACGCCAGGCAUACUGCCUCUGCCGCUAUGUGGCUUCGUUGUUGUUUACUCACUAUAUAUAAGUAUCAAGGAAUUCCCAUAAGUCGCUUAUGCAGCAACUGCAAACGCCCAUAUUAUUAGCGCCAAUCGAUUUUAAUCUAACAGCGCAACCGCGCACGCUAGUAAACCGAAUAAUCAUGGAAUGGACCAACGAUGAAGCACUUGAACUAAUCGAACAAUAUCGAAUCCAUACCGAAUUGUGGAAUCGUGCUGAUCCCAAGUACAAAGAUAAAUUAUGUCGCUUUCGAGCGUGGUCAGAAAUAGCGGAACGUUUUGGGUGCAGCAAAGCUGAGGUGGAACGAAAGAUGAAUGUGUUACUUACACAGUAUCGACGGGAGAAACACAAAAUGCUUAUUAAAUUAUACCAGGGAAUUCAGCCGAAUCCGUCAAAGUGGUACGCGUUCAAAAGGUUCGAUUUUAUGGAGGCAGGUGGCGGUAGCGGUAGUAGUUCAUCGAGCAGAUCGGGCACAAAUGGACAUACAUCAACGUCGACGGCAGCAAGUUUGAACGGCCUUAACUCUUACGAAACCAUAACAGCAACGGCGCAGCAGACAACAAGUGCAGCCAUCGCGGUGGCAGCGACGACUGCAAACGCCGCGCCGAGCACUUCUCAACAUCGGCGCAUGAAGAAAGAGAUGAAGUAUUUUGGUGCGAUGGGUAUAAGCUUACCGUUGCUGAUAGCCAGUAACACGGCAUUAGAUACAUGGAACACAGUUGGCCAAUAUUCACCGCCAAUCGAUAGCGAUCGAACCCCGUUGCGAGUUCCCUUACCUAUGCCCUUCCCAAACUCGCAAAGUGAAAUGAAUGUGGCCGGUAGUGCAACGCGUAGCCUUUUCGGUGGAAGUAGUAAUAGUGAUAUAACAGCCAGUCCUCAAAAGCCAAUGGAAUCCUCAGAUAUUGAAGACAAAGAUGAAAUAUUAACAACACGUGAACGUUCAACACCGUCCAGUUUACACAACGUAAGCGGAAGCAGCGCCAUCGCAGCUCAUGUUAGUUGCGUUGGUAAUACCACUAUAACUGAAAGAUGCAACAGUGAUAGUACUUGUGGUAUUAGCGGGCGUAGCGGUGUAGAGGGAGCAAUCGUUGAACCAAUCGAUGGAGGUUCUAGUCCUAUAUCUAGUGUUAAUGAAUUGCACGAAAAGCGGCGCCGUACUACGCGCGACCAUGAGGAGUUAGACAUAAAACGAGAACUCGUAGAUUACUUUCACCCCCCUCAUCCCCCAGCUCCGCCCGAUUCCCAUCGUUCAUAUAGCUCCAUUGAUGAGAGCCGAAUCGGAGGAGCUGAUCCUGAUGAUUUUGCACAAGAUUUGCGCGUUAGCGCGGCAGCCGCUGCUGCGGCUAAAGGCAUAAACUUCAGCCAAUUUGUACUACCACGGAAUUUACGCCACUCUUCAGAGUCGAUAGAUGAGAAAUUUUCUCCACUCAAUAUGCGUAAACUGAGUUCAGUAUCGGCCACAGCCUCAACCGCAGGGCAUAUGCUCAUGAAUUCCUUACUAUCUAACGAAAGCUUAUCAGAGGAAACUGCCACAAGCACUAGUGGACGCAUCAAAAGUGCAUCCCAGGAAGCUGCAUCCACAUCUGCGGCAGCUGCUGCAGCUGCUAUUUAUGCUGAAAGUCUGAAUAAAGAUGAUUGCGAUUUCAUUGGAUCGAAUGUUACACUAAAACUCCGAUCGAUGGACCGCACCCAAAGAAUCAUAGCCGAAAAAUUAAUAAGUGAAGUUCUCUUUUAUGGGCAAUUCAACGAGCUAGAACGAAAUGCUCACAUCCAACCUAAGUGACAGCAGCUAACAAAGCUACGUAAGGGUUUCUAAAUAUAACGAAAACAGAGUACAGAAUUCACAGUUUCCUAACAAAUGUAUACCAAAAAAAAACAAAAUUAACAAAAAGGUUUUUAUAAAAGGAACAUAAUGAAAUAAGAAGUAGUUCUUCUGCUUGGCACCCCUCCUGGUAAUCGAAUAAUCUGACAAAAAACCAUCAUAAUCCCUAUUUGUUUAAAUACAUACAUAUAUUGUUUUUAUAAAAUUAUGAUAGUUAAGAAUCAACACUUAUAAAAUUAUACAAAAAUCCUUACAGUACAAAUUCACAUAUACAUACAUAAAUUAAUUUAUUUGAACAGAUUUAUUUAAAAUUUCUUACGAUGGGUAUACACUGUGUUCUUAAAACUUUUUGAUUAUUUAAGAAAUGUUUCCCGAUUAGCUAGUUACACGUAAAAACUCAACUCAGAUUUGAAUGUUUCUAUGUCUUUUUUAUAAAAAGGAUAUUAGAUCAGUAGCAAGUGUAAUCAGUUAUCUAGUCACGAAUAUGUCAGUGUGAGUGAAAUUCCCUUUUUUAACGGUUUCAUAUAUUUAAUGAUAUUGAGAAAGUAUGCUAAGCCAGCAAAAAGGAACAAGAUCAAUUGAAAUGAAUUCAAAGAAUUAUGUACCUCGCUUAUUUUUCAGUCAUCUUUUUAAUACAAAAUCGAAAAUAUAUACCUUUACCUAAAACAAAUAUACAUUGUAUGAGGAAUUCACUUCAUACAUACAAAUAAUAAAGUAAACCCUAAUGAAUAAGUACAUAAAAUGUAAUAAGCAUUUUUACUCUAAGUAAAUGUGUAGUAAUUCUUUUACGUUUUAAUUUUUUUUUUUUUCUAAUUCGUAUGCUGUAAUUAUCGACAUGUUUGUAUUUGAUUCAGAAUAUACACUAUUUAUAAGGAAUUUUUACGAUGCAAAAUACAAUAUCCUAAAUAUAAGCAAAGGGAAGUCCUAAAAAUAACACAUAUAUAUAUAUACGUGUAAAAGACGUGGUACAUACAUACAGUUGUACAUAAAAUUAUAAAUACAAAUUGGUGUUAAAUUUAAACGAUCGAUUUAUAGAUUUUAUAUGUAUAUAUGAAGAGUGACUGAUAAAUAUCUAUGCCGGACCAUUCUUCAUCCUUAUAACCAAUUCGCUGUCCAAUGUAGCAUAAAGAUGGCCGUAGGUCUUUAUCGACCACAAUGAACGAAAACAUAGUAAAACUUUUCUAGGAUGAAUAUA